UGGAAUUCGACUCCCAAACAAAUCUUCCAUCUCCCCCAAACCCUAGCCAACAAUUGCAUCGGCGGCGGCGAAGAAAGAAGAAGGAAGAUGAUCUACGACGUGAACUCUCCCCUGUUCCGCUCCUUCCUCAGCCAGAAGGGCGGCGCCUCCUCCGACAAGAGGAAAAUGGAGGAGCAAAAGCCAAAGGACCAGAGGUUCAAGGCCAAUGAGAACAAGCCUGUAAUGAAUGAGUGAAUGGUGUCCGAACCAUCUGGUGGAUCUAUGUCAACAUGAGUGGUGUGAGCAUUCGCUGGAUCUUUUAAAAACUUAAUCUGUGCUAUUUGAAAUUAGUUGAACUUGACCAUUGUGUUGCUGUGUGGUGGAAUGAUAAAUUAGAGCAUUUUGCCUCAUGAUCUGUUCUGUCAUGGUUUGGUUGUCACCCCCCUGUUUUUGGUCAUCGCCCUUUUCCUGUACCGUUACGCCAAAGAGACUUAAUUAUGAGUGUAGUUGCUCCUUUCGUUGAGCUUGCCUUUCUGAUAUGUAUGGAAAUGGUGUGGCAGAAGCUUGUUGUA